CUCAUUUUGGUGUCAAGCUGUUGUCAUCUUUGAAAGCUACGUCCAAGCCAGUGCAGAAGUCAUGUCGAUCUUUGUUACCUUUGGUGGGGAUUACCUGGAUCUAGGGAAUUAUACCGACGACUACAAUUACACACCCUACGUUGUGGAUCCAAAUACGUUAUCAUGUGAGAUAGAACCUCUGGAUCCUACAGUAGCUUUGACCCUGUGUCUCCUCCUAAUUGGCAUCUUUUUACUGGCUGUACCCGGGAACCUGUUAGUGGGGUGGGUGAUCGGCACCAGCAGACAGGCAAUGACUCCAUCGGAUGUGUACUUGUUUCAUCUGACGAUAGCAGACGGUCUGAUGGCCCUGAGCCUCCCGUUCUGGGCUGUGGCACUGCUCAAAGGAUGGAUCUUUGGAGACUUCAUGUGCAAGUUCGUCAACCUCAUCAUCGAAGCAAACUUCUACACCAGCAUCCUCUUCCUGGCCUGCAUUAGCGUUGACCGAUAUCUGGUGAUUGUGCACGCCAGCGAGAGUCUCAGGAGUCGUCAGAGGAUGUGCAGCACGCUCCUCUGUGCAGCGGUGUGGGCCCUCGGUGGGGCCCUCGCUCUGCCUGCACUUUUCAACGAUGCCACUAAGCUAGAAUCUGACUCAAAGAAGAUGAUUUGUUUUGAAAACUUUGACAUUGGCAAUGCCAGCUUUUGGAGGCUCGCCACCCGCGUGUUUCGCCAUGUUUUUGGCUUCUUUCUCCCUCUGGGUGUCAUGGUAACCUGCUACAGCGUCACCAUCGAGAGGCUGCUGCGCACUCGAGGUUUCCAAAAGCACCGGGCCAUGAAGGUGAUCAUAGCUGUGGUGAUUGCGUUUCUGCUGUGCUGGACCCCGUACCAUAUAACCAUGGUGGUGGACACAUUGCUGAGGUUUGAUCUGGUGCGGUUUGACUGUGCCGUGAGGAGGUCGGUGAGCAUGGCUUUGCUCAUAACCAACAGCCUGGCUCUGCUCCACAGCUGCAUCAACCCUGUCCUCUACGCCUUUGUGGGGGUGAAGUUCAGGAGAAACAUGGCGCUACUUUUUCAGAGGAAAGGGAGACAGGAGAGGAUCUCGGGGUCAAAGUUCAGCAGGUCGACGUCUCAGACCUCAGAAGGCGUCGGAACUGUGCUCUGAAACCUCACUGGACUGUUUAUUUAAUGUACAGUAUAUGCCCUGAUUUAUCCAGGCCGAGAAAGGAAGAUGCACUCCCAAAUCCUGCUCUUAAAAAAGAAAAGUUGUAACAAGUACAAGAUCUUCUGUUCUCCACCUAUUGUAAAGUCUCCCUGCAGCCUGUGCAAUAUUUUAUUAAUGGAGAGAUAGAUAUGAAUGGGAAUAAAGAGAAGGCUUUAUGUCUGAGCUGAGUCAGAAGAGUCUACAGCCAGCAGUUCUAUGAUGAGGCUGUAUUGGACACAUUUUUCCCUAAAGAUGGCAAAUGCCAAAAACUCAGAGGAUCAUCAAAGUCAAUGUUUUAUCCUGAUGGAAACAUGAAUGCUUGUCCAAACUUUCAUGUCAAUCCAUAUUUAUAGCUGUCAAGACAUUUUGCACUCAGAACUACAAACGUUAACCUCAUGGCGGCACUAGGAACAGGCAGAGCCUCAUCAAAGUCAUUAGGAUUCAUCCUCUGGGGAGCAUUAAUGUCUGUACCCCAUUUAAUAUUGAUCCAUCCAAUAGUUGCUUAGUCUGGACCAAAGUGGUGGACUGACCAUCUGACAUCCACAGAGCCACAAUGCCACUAGCAUUGCUAAUACAAUGGCUUCAUGUAGACGUCAGUGCUAAAUAAAAAGACUAUGAAAUUAUGACGAGAGUUUCUGAGAGCUACAGGGAGAGAUAAAAUGGAUAUUUCAAAAUGGCUUCAUACAUUUUCAAUCAACUUC